CGCGCUACUACCAUGUUGAGCUUUGGGAUGACGGCCACAAGGAGAUUUAUUUCUGCAGCUCCUCUGUGGACAUGUUCACAAUGUGGGCCUUGUGGCCCGCGACGAGCUAUCAUCGCGGAAGCCCGACGAUGGAUGAGCAACAUGCGAGCUUCUACGACGCGACCUAAAACAGCCAUCUUCUUCCCUGGACAAGGUGUGCAGAGAGUCGGUAUGGCUACGCCAUGGCUCGAGGCCUUCCCCCGAACAUCGAAACCAAUUCUUGAGGAGAUCGACCACACCCUCAACGUACCCCUCACCUCCAUUAUUGAGUCUGGCACCAAUGCCCAACUCAACUUGACCGAGAACUCGCAGCCGGCCAUCAUGGCAACCUCAAUCCUCAUCCUUCGUAUCUUGGAGCAGGACUUCGGCUUCAAGCUCAGCGAACGCGUCGACAUAACAUUGGGACAUUCACUGGGCGAAUUUGCUGCGCUGGUUGCUGGAGGCUAUCUGACGUUCCCUGACGCGUUGCGCCUGACUCGGAAGCGGGCCGAGGUCAUGUCCCGCUGCACACACGAUGCCGUUGAGCAGGAAGGGAGUGAGUUCGGAAUGGUAGCGCUGGUCUGCGAAUCUGAAGAUCGGAUGAAGUCGCUCAUCCAUGAUAUUCACGGAUUCCUCGAGCUCUCCUCGUCAGGGUCCAAGUCGGAUAGCGCGGACCACAUCCCCGCGGUUCAGCAGGUCCUGAUUGCGAACAUCAACAGCAAGAAUCAGAUAGUGCUGAGUGGGAGCAUCGAGAGGAUCAAUACCCUCAUGACGAACCUGCGCCAGUUCGGCGGACAUGACCCGCGAAGUGUGAGGCUGAAAAGUGAUAGCCCGUUCCAUUCCCCAAUCAUGGUACCUGCACAGGAAUAUAUGAAACGCUUGCUUUACAGGGAACGACCGAAUGGCGAAGAUAUCAUCACCUGGCCGGGUGCCAUGCCUUGCAUAUCGAACGUAUCGGGCCGCCCUUUCCAGAGUAAAGACCAACUGAAGGACCUGUUGGCAAGGAGCUGCGUGGAAACCGUACAAUGGUGGAGAUCAAUCAAGUGGUUACAUGAGGAAGAGAAAGUAAAGAGAUACGUAGGCAUCGGUCCGGGUAAGGUGGGGAGGAAUCUCGUGGGCAAAGAGGUGGGCAUGAAAGGUGCUGUGAAAGGCGGUGGAGUCUGGGGCAUCACGAGCCCAGCAGAAAUGGAAGAGGUGGUUAGAGCUUUGGACGACACGGAAAAUGUCGAAGACGAGUGA